CUGAGGCAAGGCAAGGGGGGUUUCGGCCGGCAAAGUAGGCUAACACCGUCGCAUCGCUAGAAGAACGGAUUUUCGGACAGGCUUUGUUUGUGUAUGAGCUCCAUCAACUCCUCCAGAAAUGUGGACGGAUAUAAGGAAACUACUGCUCUUUCAUUUGUUAGUCCUAAAACACUGCUCAAAAGGAACAGAGGCAGAAGAGUGUGAGGAAGGCCAGUUUCAGUGCAAUAACAGAAGGUGUAUACCGACCAUAUGGAGGUGCGAUGACGAUGACGACUGCUCAGACAACAGCGACGAGGAAAACUGUGCCAGGAAGACGUGUGCCCCGGCAGAGUUUGCCUGUGCCAACGGCCAGUGUGUACCAGGCCGCUGGCGCUGUGAUGGGGAACCAGAGUGUCCCGACGGCUCGGAUGAGGCAGACGCCACCUGCAGCAAACAGACGUGUUCUCCGGAGAAGUUUGACUGUGGCGGGUCCACCAACAAGUGUGUCUCGUUGUCGUGGCGAUGCGAUGGCGAGCGGGACUGCGAAAACGGGGCGGACGAGGAGGACUGCGCCGCCGGCAACAAAGCCUGCCCGAAAAGCCAGUUCCAGUGUGCCAACCGCAAGUGCCUGGCACCUGUCUACGUGUGCGACGGCGAUGACGACUGCGGCGACGGCUCUGACGAACUCAAAUGCUCCGACCGCCACUCGCCAACGAACACCUGCAGCCCGCACGAGUUCCGCUGCAACACCUCGGAGUGCGUGCCCGUUAUGUGGAGCUGUGACGGCGACCCCGACUGCCCCGACGGCUCUGACGAGUGGCCGGAGCGUUGCGGCGUUGAAGGUUCACAUCCACGACGCAGGGUGAACUGUACGAUGGAGGAGUUCCGGUGCGCCAACGGGGAGUGUGUGAGGCUGCCGUGGAAAUGUGAUGGCGAUCCGGACUGCAAGGAUAAGUCAGACGAGGCAGAAUGUCCCCUACUGACGUGCAGGCCAGAUGAGUUCCAGUGUGGUGACGGCUCCUGUAUCCACGGUACCAAGCAGUGUAACAAGGUCCAUGACUGUCCUGACCAGAGUGACGAGGCUGGCUGUGUCAACGCCACUAAGUGUGAGGGUCCCUUGAAGUUCCUGUGUAAGAACGGAGAGUGUAUCGACAGCACCAAGGUGUGUGACAACGUCAAGGACUGCAAGGACCGCUCUGAUGAGCCCAAGAAGGAGUGUGGGCUCAACGAGUGCUCACUCAACAACGGCGGCUGUUCUCACAUCUGCCAGGAUCGACCAAUAGGCUACGAGUGCCAGUGUCCUACAGGGUACAAGCUACUGGACAAGAGGACUUGUGGAGACAUUGAUGAGUGUGAGAACUCUAACGCCUGCAGCCAGAUCUGCAUCAACUACAAGGGAGACUUCAAGUGUGAGUGUUACCAAGGCUAUGAGAUGGACCCAGUCACCAAGACCUGUAAAGCAGAAGGGAAGUCUCCCUACCUGCUGUUCACCAACCGCCAGGAGAUCCGUCGGGUAGACCCGGUGAAGAGGGACUACCGCCAGGUGCUUGCCACCCAGAAGAAUGCUGUGGCGCUGGACGUAGACGUGGCUAAUAACCGUCUGUUCUGGUGCGACCGCUUCCACCGUAACAUCUACAGUGCUCUGAUCCCAGAGGCAGGUGACCCUUCCCAGCAGGUGACCCUGGUGGACUCUGGCUCUCUCCUCUCCCCCGAGGGCCUGGCCCUGGACUGGGUCCAACACAACCUCUACUGGACCGACUCGGGCCACAAGACCGUCUCGGUGGCCUCGGCCUACGACGGCCUAAAGAGGAGGGUCCUGGUGGACACGGAGCUCAGCGAGCCCAGAGCCAUAGCGCUUGAUCCACAGCAUGGGUUCAUGUACUGGACUGACUGGGGAACCCGGGCCAAGAUAGAGAAGGCAGGGAUGAACGGGGUGGACCGACAAGUCCUGGUGUCAGACAACAUCGAGUGGCCCAACGGCAUCACCCUGGACGUAGCCAACAGGCGUCUUUACUGGGUAGACUCCAAGCUGCACCUGAUCUCCAGUGUGGACUUGAACGGGGCUCAUCGCAGGACACACCUGUCCUCCUCAGAGAGACUGGGACACCCCUACGCACUGGCCGUGUUCGAGGACCGUAUCUACUGGACAGACCGGGAGAGAGAGGCGGUGUACAGCGCUAACAGGCUAACCGGCCAGGACAUCAGCACAGUGGCCGAGCACCUCAAAGACCCUCACGACAUAGUGGUCUUCCACCCGCUCCGCCAGCAACCAGGCCCAGACAGCUGUAACCUGGGCAGUGAGGACAACGGUGGCUGUGAGUACCUGUGUCUCAAAGCCCCCCAGAUCACAGAGCACUCCCCCAAAUACACCUGCGCCUGCCCCACAGGACAGGACCUGGGCCCCGAAAUGCGUGCCUGCAUGCCAGCAAAUGAGACUACUACCACGUCAUCGCCUGUGGCCAUCACCACGGCCGCCAACGACAAGGACUCCCCUCGCACUUCUGGGUCGUCCCAGGCAGACGCCGGGGUGCCCCACCUCAUCCCAGUCCCCUCCAGCACCCCAGAGCCCCCCCCUAGCUCAAAAUCUGGGGUGGAGGAGAAGGAAGGCCGGGGUUUGGAUCCCACUGCUGUCACCAAAAACAUGGUCACCUCCACCACAAUAGGCUUCGUCGUCAAGGACGACAGCAACCUCUCCCACCACUCUGGAAGUGAGCAUUUCCUCCUGGGUGAGAACCUGACAGUGGCAGUUCUGGGAGUAGUGAUCCCCAUAGUUCCUAUUGUUGCCACAGUGAUCUUCGGCCUGCUCUGCACCGGCGUCUACCUGGUUUGGCGGAACUAUCGCCAGAACGCCACCAAGAGCAUGAAUUUCGACAACCCUGUCUACCGCAAGACCACGGGCGAGGGCGAGGAGGACGAGAUUCACAUCGGCCGGACGGAUGGCAUCAUGGGCGGCCACCACGGGCACCACCCGUACCCGGCCGGGGUGGGGUGUGGCGUAGUCGGCGGGGGCGGAAAUACAUGCCCACAGUUCAUUGCACUGCCACUGGGUGGCAGUAUGCCUGAUCCGGGGACUCAUUGGUACACGGAGCAGCCUAUGCUGUCUACUACGGCGAAGUGAGUAUGGAGACAAGACAAGAUGGCCGCUCAGGAGGUUAAUUUUCAAGAUGGCUGCCGCUCAGGCACACGCACACACAGUACUGAGGUUACGGGUCACUCAACCUGACUAACUGUUGAAUGGAUGGACAUAUGAUGUUAUGAUAUCAUCACAUCCAGCCAUUCAAGUCCAUGAUGUGCCAGUUCAUUACACAGGAUCGACAGUUUUACACUUUCUACGUUUUUUAAAUGUGAUGUCAGAGUUUGGGUGGGUUCCAUUUGAAUUCCUGUCAAUUUAGAAAAUUGAUAAGAAUUCAGUUCAUGAAUUCUCUACGUAUCAAUUGAAUUUAGAUACAUUUCCUCACUGGACUUGAAAAGGAGUCAACUCCAAUUCUGUUUUUCAUCCACUUUUGAUCAGUCUAAGCAGUAUUGAGCUGUGUUAUAUGUCUCACGUUUAAGGGCGAAAGGAGUUCCAAAAUAUUAUUUUAUUCCUUGACGUUUUAAAUUUAGGCUCUCGAUUUUAUUUCCCUGGUGGAACCUCAUUUUCUGGAGAGACUUUUUAGGAGGAGGUUUAAACCACGGCAGCACCUUAGUAGAUGGGACAAUCUGUACGAUUUUAAGAUAUUAAUUCAACAUGUUUUAUUGCUCACCUCAUUAUUACUAAAGAUGUCAUAGUGUUUAGUUAUUCUGGUCAGGGCAUUUGUCUUGGAGUGGAGUGAAAGGUUUAAGAGAGAGGUUGCUGUGUGUGGGCUUGUGUGUGAGUGUGAUUUUUCUUGUCUGUCCCAGCAUUUGUGUGUGCAUUUACGUGUGUGUAAGCCUCUGUGUGUACUUUCUCUCACCAUUGGAGAGGAGUUUUCAAAGCAUCCUUGUUGAUGUCCUGUGAAGUACAGUUGAGCCUGUGGCAGAAACCUCUUUGAUGUUUUCUUUAUUGAACCACAAAGGCUAUUAGAAGGCAAGCAGGGCAUAGGAGGGUCAAGGAGAGAUUUUGGUGGGAUCCAAGAAAACUGAAGGCUUAGCGAGAGAAGCCUUUCUAAUUAUUAAGGGUGGCCUGGAUUUAUAGGCCCAGUGAAAAUACAUCUAACUAGCAGCUAAUGGCCAAGGGUAUCUGUGUUAGGCAUGAUAAUGACAACAGAGUUGGCUAAAACAGAAAUAGCUAGCUUUCUGGCUAGCAGGCUGUUUAUCAAGGCUAAAGCAGAAAUAAAUAGCUUUCUGGCUAGCAUGCUGUUUAUCAAGGCUAAAGCAGAAAUAGCUAGCUUUCUGGCUAGCAGGCUGUUUAUCAAGGCUAAAGCAGAAAUAAAUAGCUUUCUGGCUAGCAUGCUGUUUAUCAAGGCUAAAGCAGAAAUAGCUAGCUUUCUGGCUAGCAGGCAGUUUAUCAAGGCUAAAGCAGAAAUAACUAGCUUUCUGGCUAGCAGGCUGUUUAUCAAGGCUAAAGCAGAAAUAGCUAGCUUUCUGGCUAACAGGCUGUUUAUCAAGACUAAAGCAGAAAUAGCUAGCUUUCUGGGUAGCAGGCUAAUGUGUUUCUAGGCUAAACCAGAAAUGGCUAGUGGCUACCAGGCUAAUUGUUAGCUAUUCUUCUUCUCUCCUUUUUAGCUGUUUUCCAUGGCCAUAGGGUAUGUGGUUGGUAAAUGUGUCAUCUGUUUUUGAUGAUUUUAUUCUCCCAUCUGCUCUCUUUGUCAGUAAACUCACACACACACACAGUCACUCACCCUCGAUAGAUCACACACAGGCAUGCAUAUUCACUCACCCUUCGCAAGCACUCCACAAUGCCCCUGUCCUCGUUCUUUGAGCAGAUGUCAUUGUGAGCUUUCAUACAGGAGGACCUCAGUAGGAGGUCUUUCAUACAGGAGGAACUCAGGAGGAGGUUUAUCAUACAGGAGGAACUCAGGAGGAGGUUUAUCAUACAGGAGGAACUCAGUAGGAGGUCUUUCAUACAGGAGGAACUCAGUAGGAGGUUUAUCAUACAGGAGGAACUCAGUAGGAGGUCUAACAUACAGGAGGACCUCAGUAGAAGGUCUAACAUACAGGAGGAUCUCAGUAGGAGGUCUAUCAUACAGGAGGAACUCAGUAGUAGGUUGAUUGCUGACAAAAGGCUCCUGUCAGGUGAUUUGGUGGCCGAGGCCACGUGGCAGAUUUAGACUUCGUCCCAAAUGGCACCCUAUUCCCUUAAUAGUGCACUACUUUUGACCAGGACCCAUAGGGAAACCCAUAGGGCUCUGGUCAAAAACCCAUAGGGCUCUGGUCAAAGGUAGUGCACUAUAAUGGGAAUAGGGUGCCAUUUGGUAUGCAAUUUUCAACAGUAAUGAGGUUCAGUCAGGUUGGAUCCUCCUGUCAGUAAACACGGCCCUCCUUUAUCCCCCUGUCCUUUUGUCCCCCUCUCUUUUGUCCCCAUGUCCUUUUGUCCCCCUGUCCUUUUGUCCCCCUCUCUUUUGCCCCCCUGUCCUUUUGUCCUGUCUGUCACACUAGUGCUCCGCUGUGCUGGGUAAAUAGACAUUUCAGAGUCCCUUCCAUUGUUGUAUUUUUGUUCACAGAGACCGACAGGAUGGAAUGGGAAUGAGUGAGAUGGAGGGUUUGUGUGUGUUUGUUGAUGUUCAUCCCACAGCCAUAUUGAAAACUUUUUGUAGGCUCUUUGUUGCACAGCCCUCUCAGAAUGCCUUCUAUGUUGUGUGUAUUGCAUGGGGAGAACAUAAGGUGUGUGUGUGUGUGUGUGUGUGUGUGUGUGUGUGUGUGUGUGUGUGUGUGUGUGUGUGUGUGUGUGUGUGUGUGUGUGUGUGUGUGUGUGUGUGUGUGUACGUUUGUCAGAGUGAGUGCACGUGAGUUUGUGUAUUUGGGACCGGAGUAGCUGGGGGGGGUUUGAAAAUCAUGAUUUGUAAAUACAUUGUCAUAUUGCAAAAAAAGUUUGAUAAAGUAUUAUACAAUUGUGUAAAAGAAAAAGAUGUACAUAAGAUUUUAGAUAAGAAAAAAUUGUUGAUGACGGUAGAUUCAUUUAUUUGUAUAAAAGAACACUGUAUUGCCUGAUUGUACGAAAUAUGAAUUAACCACCAAAGUGUUUUGUGUUGUCGCUUGGUCUUGCUUCAUCUGAUAUCCUUUUAUUUUUCCAAUUUUGAUUUUAUUUAUUAGUACAAGUCAUACAAGGUGGUUCUUCCUCAAUAUUCUCCAUAUCAUCUCAUUGUCUUUCAUCCCCCGCUGUUUAGAAAAUUAAUUAUUGUUUUCUCGUGCCUUUUUUUCUUCUUUAGUUCUUUUUUUUACACUGUUUUGCUGUGGGAGGGAGAUGGGUUCUUAUGUACCUGAAAAGAACAUCUGUACUCAAAUUGCCAAAAUGGUCUGUCACCUUUUUAUUAUUUUCUGAAGUUGUUCUUAAAUAUCUCUAUAUAUUGAUAUAUACAAUUUUAUUGAACAUC